CUGACCUUUUCACCUGUUUGUUUGUUAUGCCGUUCACAGAGGCUGUAGUGUACAUGAAUUACAUGGUUCGAUAUGACGUGCCCUGUAAGAUUUACAUGUUCUUUAUCACAUGCAAUGUACCAUUCGCCGCGUUCAUAAUGGUGGCAAUUGCAAUUGACAGGUACUUUUGUAUCUGCCAUCCAUUUCUACAUGUGCUCAAUAUAUUUCGGGCAAAAGUUAUCGUAUUGUGCUUACUGCUGGUUGCAUCUACAUUUGGAGUUAUCACAUCUCUGUCAUACGGUGUUUACUCCUACGAACUGAUAGUGCCUACUAAUAAAACCCUUGCCAGUCUAAGUGAAACAAUGAUGUAUAACGAAAGUGAAAACUAUGGCCAAAAUGUAACAUUUAUUGCCGUCGGCCACCGUGUGAGUGCAAAUUGCUCAAAGGAAUUAUUAGGAAAGCUUCAUGUUUACAACAACAACAACAACAAAACAGAAGCGCACGCUGGAUAUGACCUUUUAUAUACAGGUCUAUGCGCUCCAAAUUAUUAUCUGACUGGCCCUCAUUUUCUAAAUAUUUAUCAACGUGUGUACGCCGGGACUUACCUGCUAUCUUUUGUCGUCGUGUUCGUCCUAUAUGGCCUAAUUUACCGGUCAAUAUACAAGCACCGAGCGAAAAGAAGCAAGAGAAAACGUUCAAGUCUUUAUCCGUCUGGCAUUGAGUUCUCGAAUGUUGAAACCAAAUUUACAGCGGCGACACACGUUAACCCUCACAGUGGCCGACGGAGUGAUCCAAAUCAUGAAAAUGGUGAAAAUGACGACGUUGACGCCGAAACGAAUGUUGAGCUGCAGCCAAUGAGACCAAAGCCGAGAAAGGGACCGCGGGCAAUAUCAAUAAAGGAGAAAACGUUAUUAGCCAAUAUUCGGACGGCUGUCAUGUUGUUUGUUGUUACCGUUGUUUUUUUGGUUGCAUUUCUGCCUGCGUGGCUUAUGGGAUUACAAGCAAUGGAAUUUAACGCCGUGAUUUUCUACAUGUAUUUUGUAUAUCAUACUGCAAAUCCUUUCAUUUACGCAUUCAUGAACAAAUCUUUUAGAGACGACCUUGGAAAGGUUCUCAAGUGCCAAAGUAUACCCCUUGUUCGUUAAUUAUUUUUUUAAACAAUAAACACGUUUUCUGCAAUUUGCUAUCGACUAUGGUAGAAUGCACAAAUAACAAGCGAUAACACAUAUUGAUUGUUGAAAACAUUCAACACAUUCUCAAUGACUGUGUAAUACUUUGCUACCUUGUUUUUCUUACUCAUUAAACUUUAUGCCAGAAAUAAUGAAUUUACAUAGUAUAAAAACUUAUUUAUUAUAAAAUAUUCAUAUAUUGUUAACCAAAGGCAAAUGGCGAAGGAUAAAUGGAAGAUUGCACGUAUUAAUGUCUGUUUGAAGUUUUGUAUUAAUUCAAUCAUGGCUUUCCGUAAGGAAAGGGCUAUGAUAUUUUGGCACAAGUGACACGUCGGUGAAUAACA